CGGCAUUAUAAAGGAUACUCUCUGUUAGGUCAGACCGGUCAGUUUUACUGAGACGAGGGUGAGCGAGAAAGGCUGGACCUUUUAAGAUCAGAACGACAGAGGAGCUGUAAGGACAGAGUGGUGCGUGUUCUCGUCCCUGCUGGUCGGGGUACGAGUAGGGAGCUGGUCUCCCCAAACACAUGCUUCUGAAUCGUUUCUCACCACUACAGACAGUGAAAUAAAUGAAAAUGGAGGAACAUCACCUAAAACCCUCACAGCAUGCUGCAGCCACCAAUGUCAUAGAGAUGGAGGGCUACGUUAAAGAGUUCACACGCCAUUCCAACGACGUAUUGCUGAACUUAAAUGAACUCCGUCAUCGGGACAUUCUUACAGAUGCCACACUGCUAGUAGGAACCACCAAGUUGCGCGCCCACUGCGCUGUCCUCAUCGCUUGCAGUGGGUUCUUCUACACGCUCUUCUCUCGUCGAGCGAACGGUGCUUGUGGGGACCGAGGGCUGUCCCUUACCCUGCCGGAAGGGCUGGACGCGGGUAGUGUGUCCAUGCUGCUGGACUUCAUGUACACCUCCCGCCUCCCUUUAACACCCGGUACAGUUUCUGGAGUGCUCGUCGCUGCCACCUACCUGCAGAUGGAGCAUGUUGCCGACACCUGCCGAACAUUUAUUCAGCACAGUGGGAGGGUCUCCAUGAAUCCCUGUUUGAUGGAGACAACCUCUAGAGCUCCCCUUGGUGGCAGGUCCCCACCUGCACAUCCCAUCAUCUUCUCAUCCCCCUCCAGACCUACAAAUGAGGCAGAAGAUCCCAUACCAGACCGAGCCAGGGUGCCAGAAGAAAGCAUCUCAGUGGAUUCAGGAACUACAAUGACUGCGGUCCCCACGUCUCAAACUCUGAAAAUAGAGGAACUCGAUUCUUUACCUUCAUCUCCAUCCACCCUGUUUCCAGACAGUCCAUCUCAUUCCACUGGCCAUCCCAAUUCACCCGCUGAGUCCAGCAACUGCAAUCUGUCUCCCCAACUUAAGAAACGAACGGAAUCUAAGCCCACUCCUGAUCCAAAAGCCUGUAACUGGAAGAAGUACAAGUAUAUUGUCCUUAACCCUCUGUGUGCCACACCUAUAAAGGAGGAGGAGGCGCAUGGAGAGGGGCAUCAAGCACAAAACCACUCCCACUUUGAGAGUGAUAAGAUGAAAGCUUCAUCAGAGACAGUCAAUGAAGUGUGGGGAGGGAAUGAGUCUGGACUGAAUAACAGGAAAAGCCCAACUGUUCCGAAAAUAUUUUUUACUCCCCAUAAGGUUGUUGAGCACAGUUUUCAACCCCUGACUCUUUCGAUGACUGAGGAGAAAGGUCUCUGUAGUCCUUAUGUAUGUACUCCAGGACUGGGUCAGAGUAUCAGUCAGAGUCAUUUCCUAGGCCAACAUCCAAUCAAAAUUGAGAAGUUUUCAACACCUUAUUCUGGAAAUCAACGCAACACGAAACAAUCCUGCACAGACAAGCCGUACCGCUGUAAUGUGUGUGGGGCGCAAUUCAACCGGCCUGCAAAUCUGAAGACUCACUCCCGCAUCCACUCUGGAGAGAAGCCCUACCGCUGUGACACAUGUGGUGCCAGAUUUGUCCAGGUAGCUCACCUGCGUGCACACGUUCUGAUCCACACUGGGGAAAAGCCAUAUCCAUGUAACACCUGCGGAACGCGUUUUCGCCAUCUUCAGACGCUAAAGAGCCACCUGCGUAUUCAUACUGGAGAGAAACCCUACAGCUGUGAGAAAUGCCACCUGCACUUCCGUCACAAGAGCCAGCUGAGGCUUCACCUGAGACAAAAACAUGGAGCGAUUACCAACACCAAGAUCCGUUACAAGGUUCUGGCUGACCCGUACCAACAUGGACCCACCCUGCUCCAAGCUUGCUAAGGGAAACAAAUAUUAUAUACAGUAUAUAUGGGUCAGACACAUGUGCCCUAAAAAUUUGCUAUUGUGUCAAAAAACUUACAAUAUAAGCUGUGGAUUGAUGGAUCUUUUAUAAAGUAUUUAAAUAAUUUUAAGAGGUGGAGUACUGCAUUCAAGGAGUGCUUUACUACAAAUAUACCAUAAAUAUAUAUGCAGUCUCCGAGAAUGUAGUACUCCUGCACUAGAUGUGCUGAAUUUAAUCUUAAUUUAACAUUAUUUGUUAAACUAUUAUUAUUUAUUUAGCUUAGCUUGUAAUUCUAACAUACAAACGGCUUCAGCAAAUAUAAACAGAAAUGUGAGUCCUUUAAGCAAUAUGUUUGUGUGGUCAUGAUGUUAAAGAUGGUUUGUGAGGGAGUUUACCAGGAGUUCAGAUAAGAGAGGUGGGAGUUGAGUACAAGUAAGAUAUUCAGGGAUGGAUGGAUGAAAUUCGGCAGGAAUUCGACAUAUGAAAGAUUAUGAAGGAAAGAUAAUGCAAGUUUAAAGAGGGAAUUAAGCAUGUUCAAGAAAGAAGAGAUAAAGGGCAACACUUUAUAUACGGUAUCUAUUUAUUUUUCAUUUGCCGAGAUCUUAUUUGUUCAUUUAUCCAUCAUGGCAUUUGUGUUAUUAUUGUUUUGGGACAUAACAGGACAAUGAGAGUGGGGAAUGGCAAAGUUAAAUAUAUAUAAGUUGCUUAUUUACUACCAUUUAUUCAGUAUUCUAAUGUGAUUAUUUGAAUGGCCUGGAGCCUAUUUGCUUUCGAUUUAUAAGGAUUAGCAUUUAAGUGUAUCCAUAGCUGCCUUUCAAUAAUGUUGUUGUUUAAAUUAUCACAUUUGUGAUGUUCAUGGUGUAUAAUAGUUUUGGAGUCCAAGCAGGUUGAGGACUCUCACUAGCCAAAGAAAGAUACAUGUAAAGAAUGAAGAUGAGGAUAAUGAUAUGGACAUUUUUUGUUACGCUCUUUUGCUGGACAAAGACCAAUUUUAUAUAAAUGAAAUGUUAAUAAAUUAAUUCUCUUGGUUGAAAAUCUUUAUUGUGUGUGUGUGUCUGC